AUGGUCAAGGCUUUUUCUUGUAAACUGUGGUGGAAGCUGAGGCAGCGAAGGUCGAUCUGGGCGGAGUAUAUGUUCUCCAAGUAUAUAGGGGAUCAGCAUCCGAGUCAGGCGGUAGCACUCAGACCGAAAGGGGCAUGGAAGCGUCUUAUCGGUAUACGCGACAUGGCUGAGGCGAGUAUUUCAUGGAGCCUUGGCCCAGGUAUGGUAGAUUUCUGGUUGGACACCUGGUGCGAGCAGGGACCUCUUCAGUCAUUGGUGGUAGCAGAUGGUGACCGUCCUCAUUUCUUGGUGGCCGAGUUUAUGGGACGGGAAGGGUGGAACAAGGAGCGUCUCCUGCAGUGGCUGCCGCUGCACCUUGUGGAGAUGGUUAUGGAAAUACCCUUUGACCUGGAGGGUCAGGAUCAAAUCAUGUGGUCCCCAUCGUCUUCGGCGGGGUUCUCGCUAAGCUCGGCUUGGGAGAGCUGUAGAAGGCGUCAAGGUAGAUCCCCCAUGCAUGGGAUGGUGUGGAAUAGGGGUGUAAUGCUGAAGAUGUCUAUGUUCUCCUGGCGUCUAUUGAGAAGCUUUGUACCGGUGGAUUCGGUUAUCCGCCAGAGAGGGAUACCUUUCGCCUCUCGCUGCUCUUGUUGUCUUGAAGAAGAAGAAUCGGUGCUUCAUCUCUUUGUCAAUGGCCCCGUGGCUACGGAGGUUUGGGGUCGUUUUGGGAACAGGUUUGGGGUAGGGCGGCGACCAAUUGAGGGGCUGGAAAGUUUGUGGAAGAAAUGGGCUGCAUCCCUUCCACGGUUGCCAGUCUCUCAUAUCAGAUGUAUCCUUCCGGUUCUGAUAUGGUGGUUCCUAUGGAAGGGACGAAACAAGGCUCGAUUUGAAGGUCAGACAUUCUCUGCGCAGCAAGUUAGUUGGGAGGUGGAUAACUUCAUCCAGGAUAUGGGCCGUGCGGGGAGGCUGAGGAAGGCGCAGUUCUAUGGAGAUAUGGAGGAUAAUUGGGCAAGGCUGGCCAGUCCGGUCAUCCGUCAUCGCCGGCCAAUAGUGGUUUCCUGGCACAGGCCCCCGGCCCAUCGGAGCAAAUUAAACACAGACGCCAGCGUGAUUAAUGGCAGGGCGACCGGAGGAGGGGUUUUGCGUGACUCGGAAGGUAGGCUAAUUUUCGCGUUUUACAAGGAGUUUGGUGAGAAGGGGGUAUUGGGGGCCGAGGCGCUGGCGCUUCAGGAAGGAUUGCGGGAAUGUGUGACACGGGGGGUUCAGGGGGUAUUGGUGGAGGUAGACUCGGCGGCGCUGGUAUCUCUGGUCAACUCGUCGGCGUUGGGAGGGUGGGUGCAUUGCAAUCUGCUGCGUCGGAUUCGCCGUCUGCUGAGGCAGGUGGUUGGCACAGUUACACACAUUUACAGAGAAGCAAACAUGGUGGCAGACAGAUUAGCGGCCCUACAAGGUGGGCCAAGUUCGGUUUUUGAGUCAGUUCAGCAGUUACCGAGGGACGUUCGUGGGUGUCUGGCCAUGGAUGCUAGGGAAUUCCCGUCCAUUAGAUUAGUACCAGGGUAG